GGGAGCACCGGAAGCCCCGCCCCCGGCGCCCCCAUCCGCAUCGCGCUGCCCGGGGGCCGCCUCCUGCCCGGCCGGGCCCUGCAGACCACGCCCUACAUGGUGGCGGCGGAGCUGGGGGCGGCGGAGGCGGCGCUCGUGGCCCGCGUGAACGGGGCCCUGCAGGACCUGGAGCAGCCGCUGGAGGGCGACAGCGACCUGGAGCUGCUGGACUUCAGCUCGGCAGAGGGGCGAGAGGCCUUCUGGCGCUCGGGAGCCUUCGUGCUGGGGGCCGUGCUGGAGCAGUUCUAUGGGGCCACAUUCUGCCGCGCCAGCGCCACCGAGGAUGGCUUCCACUGCGACGUGCACAUGGGCGACCGGACGGUGCCGCGUGGGGACCUGCAGGCGCUGGAAGGGGCUUGCGCCGCCUUCGCCCGCGCCGGGCACCGCUUCGAGCGCUUGGAGGCACCGAGGGAACGGCUCCGGGAGCUGCUGGAGCACAACCGGUUCCAGCUGCAGCAGCUCGAGGCGGUGCCGGCCCCAUUGGCCACUCUCUACAGGUGCGGGCCCCAGCUCCAGCUCUGCCGCGGGCCCCUCCUGCGGCACACGGGGCUCAUCGGGGCCCUGCGCGUCCUCUCGAGCUCCGCUGCGCUGUGGCAGGGGCUGGGCUCCGGCUCCCUCCAGCGCGUCGCCGCCGUCGCCUUCCCCAGCGGCCUGGAGCUGGCCCGGUGGGAGCGGGCGCAGGAGGAGGCGGCGCUGAGGGACCAUCGGCGCAUCGGCAGG